GUCGGUCCUUCUAGAAGCGACCCUUUCCUGUCGCGGCCGGCGUGGACUCGGCUGGUGAAUCUCUCAGAUCCAAAAAUUAAGAGCUUCUUCUCGUCCCCACCGCUCCGCCGGGUGGCUCGGCGGCCGUCACUAUGCCACAAAAUGAAUAUAUUGAGUUACACCGUAAGCGCUAUGGAUAUCGUUUGGAUUACCAUGAGAAAAAGAGGAAGAAGGAAGGUCGAGAAGCCCAUGAACGUUCAAAGAAGGCAAAAAAGAUGAUUGGUCUGAAAGCUAAGCUCUACCAUAAACAGCGCCAUGCUGAGAAAAUACAAAUGAAAAAGACUAUUAAGAUGCAUGAAAAGAGAAACACCAAACAGAAGAAUGAUGAAAAGACUCCACAAGGCGCAGUACCUGCAUAUCUACUGGACAGAGAGGGACAGUCUCGGGCUAAAGUACUUUCUAAUAUGAUUAAACAAAAACGAAAAGAGAAAGCGGGAAAAUGGGAAGUCCCUCUGCCCAAAGUUCGAGCCCAGGGAGAAACAGAAGUAUUAAAAGUUAUUCGAACGGGAAAGAGAAAGAAGAAAGCCUGGAAGAGGAUGGUCACUAAAGUCUGCUUUGUUGGAGACGGCUUUACUCGAAAACCCCCUAAAUAUGAAAGAUUCAUUAGGCCAAUGGGCUUACGUUUCAAGAAGGCCCAUGUAACACAUCCUGAACUGAAAGCCACCUUUUGCCUGCCAAUACUUGGGGUAAAGAAGAAUCCCUCUUCCCCACUGUAUACAACUCUGGGGGUUAUCACCAAAGGUACUGUCAUUGAGGUGAACGUGAGCGAGUUGGGCCUUGUGACACAAGGAGGCAAGGUCAUUUGGGGAAAAUAUGCCCAGGUUGCCAACAAUCCUGAAAAUGAUGGAUGCAUAAAUGCAGUCUUACUGGUUUGACAGCAAUUGCAUAUAGACAACUGCUUGUAAUUAAUGAAGACUACACACCAUCAGCAAACUAUUAGUCUGAUGUUUCUGAAUCCUACCAGUCAGCCUUUCAAGUCUGCUGUCAUCAAGAAAACUAUUUAUUGUUUACAAAAAAAAUUAAAACAGCCUCGUUUUACAAA